UAUUAUCCCAAAUUCUUCCGGGCACGCGCGUGCCAGAUGGACACGCCAAGCGCACGCCAUAAACGACAAACGGAAUCCACGGGCCGGAAAAGAAAAGGAAGAAAAUAAACCUUAUCUAGUUCCCUGCUAUUUCCAGACUUCUAAUUUCGCCCCCGAUUCGUGCGGGUAAGGCAGCCUCGCCUGAGGUGCGCGAGCGCCGCCCCAAUCAGUCUCCACCAAGCCCAGCCCCAGCAGGUCUCCUCCGCCGCCCAGACGGUCUCCUCCGCUCCCAUCCACGGCCCCAGACGGUCUCCUUCUCCCCGUUCGAUCUAAGAGCUGCACUGCUCUGCUGCUGAUGCUUGGCCGGAGCGGCGCCUUUGCCGUGGUGGGUACCGACGGUGACCGAGUUGAGGCCCCGCUUGAGCCAAACAUGGGAGGGAUCUCCAUGGAUGGGCAGGAUUAAGGGGAGCCAUCCGGAUGGCUGCAACGACACGUCUCCUCCUACCUCCGGCCUCCUCCUUCAAGCAGUUCGGCUGGAUCCUAAGCGGCACCCCUGUGAAGGCUUUGAGGUUGGAAAUGGAGACGGAGGAGUGGAGAAGAGAAAAUCCGUAUAUGCAGAGAGAAGAGAAAAGACAAUGAUGGAUAGACUUGAUUAUUACUCACUUUUUGGAUUCGUUUAUGUUACGUACAUGCCGCCGCGACGCCGUUCGAGCACGGGGUACCGCGACGUCUGCGAGCGCCCCAACGGAACCUUCUACGCGGAGAUCCGGAUCGGCGACGAGCGUAUCGGCCUCGGCACGUUCGAGACAGGGCUCGAGGUGGUACGCGCGUACGAUGCCGUAGCCUGGCGAAUCGGGCGCUCGUGCCAGUCGAUGAACUUCCACGACGUCUAGACACACCAUCAAGCUGAGGACCUUGCGCCGCCGCCGCGCCUCGUCACGCGGGAGGAGCAACGUUGCCAUCGAGAACUGGAGCGCCGCGUUCUCAUCGCCAAGUGGGACAAGCGCGCGUGACUCGAGUGGGCGGCCCGCUUCCCCGAGAACGUCGCCGCCGAGAAGAAACACUUUGCCACGCGCAAGGCGACAUAGAAGGCCGCGAAGAAGGAGGACCGCCUCUUUUGGAGGGCCGACAAGGCGGCGAGGUGCACCUUCAUCGAGGCGUAGAUGGAUGGUCCACAGACCAUCUCCUUCAACGAUGCCCGAUAGGCCGAUCAAUGAAGUGAAAUUGCUUACCGAUGGUGUUAAGUUGCCUGCCGACAAAGUUAAGUUGCUUACCGAUGGUGUUAAGUUGCCCGCCGACGAAGUGAAGUUGCCUACUUUUGCUUUAAAGGUGCUUGUUUUACCGAUGUUGUGAAGUUUCUUACCGAUGGUGUUAAGUUGCCCGCCAAUGAAGUGAAGUUGCUUUUCGA